AGGGAAUCAUUACCCAUGUGAUAGCGUAAGCCUUCUCACACAUUUCAUUCUACUGACGAGACAACGUGCGGUCACGCUGUGCCGAUUUUCAAUUACUUUUGUAACUAUAAUUCCUAAUCAGCGGUUUUUUCUCUCUCAUUAAUUAAAGAUGCACAGAUUACCGACUGUAUUACGUGGUGCGGCAUUACGUCAGUUACAAGCUCGUUCAUAUGCCAAAGAUGUACGUUUUGGCGCGGAAGUUAGAGCACUUAUGUUGCAAGGUGUUGAUAUUUUAGCGGACGCGGUUGCAGUUACAAUGGGUCCAAAAGGACGUAACGUCAUCUUAGAGCAAAGUUGGGGUAGUCCAAAGAUCACCAAAGAUGGUGUCACAGUUGCCAAGGGAGUGGAGUUGAAAGACAAGUUUCAAAACAUUGGAGCGAAAUUGGUGCAAGAUGUAGCGAACAAUACGAAUGAAGAGGCAGGCGAUGGCACGACCACAGCUACAGUUCUGGCAAGAGCCAUUGCCAAAGAGGGAUUUGAGAAAAUCAGUAAAGGUGCCAAUCCUGUAGAAAUAAGAAGAGGUGUAAUGUUGGCAGUUGACAAAGUCAAGGACGAGUUGAAAGCUUUAAGUAAACCGGUAACAACUCCAGAGGAAAUUGCUCAAGUAGCAACUAUUUCAGCCAAUGGGGAUAAGGCAAUUGGCAAUCUUAUAUCGGACGCUAUGAAAAAAGUUGGAAAAGAGGGUGUAAUCACUGUGAAAGAUGGUAAAACGUUACACGACGAACUGGAAGUUAUAGAAGGAAUGAAGUUUGACAGGGGCUAUAUAUCUCCGUACUUUAUAAAUUCUAGUAAAGGGGCAAAAGUUGAGUUCCAAGAUGCACUUUUGCUCUUUAGCGAGAAAAAGAUAUCGUCUGUACAGUCUAUAAUUCCAGCAUUAGAAUUGGCGAAUUCCCAGCGAAAACCGCUUGUCAUUAUAGCAGAAGAUAUCGAUGGUGAAGCGCUGUCGACGCUUGUCGUCAAUAGAUUGAAAAUCGGUUUGCAGGUGGCUGCGGUUAAGGCCCCUGGUUUUGGAGAUAAUAGGAAAGCGACGCUUCAAGAUAUGGCAAUUCUGACUGGCGGAAUUGUAUUUGGAGAUGAUGCGAAUCUCGUUAAAUUAGAGAACGUGCAGUCGUGCGAUUUAGGUGAAGUGGGAGAAGUUGUAAUUACGAAAGACGAUACGCUGUUCCUUAAGGGCAAAGGGAAAAAAGGUGACAUUGAUCACAGAGCGGAUCAAAUUAGAGAUCAGAUUGCCAAUACAACUUCCGACUACGAAAAAGAAAAGCUACAAGAGCGACUAGCAAGGCUAGCGUCUGGAGUUGCGGUUCUGAGAGUUGGCGGAAGUAGCGAAGUUGAAGUUAAUGAAAAGAAAGACCGUGUUCACGAUGCUCUUAACGCCACUAGAGCAGCUGUUGAAGAAGGGAUUGUUCCUGGAGGUGGCACUGCCCUUCUAAGGUGUAUUCCAGCUCUUCGAAAUUUGAAAGCAUUAAACAGUGAUCAAGAAACGGGAAUAAAGAUAGUGGCAAAUGCACUGCGUAUGCCGUGCUUGCAAAUUGCUCAAAAUGCAGGCGUGGAUGCUAGUUUGGUGGUAGCGAAAGUUAGUGACAGUAAUCUUGGUUAUGAUGCUUUGAACGAUGAGUACGUUGAUAUGAUCGAGAAAGGUAUCAUCGAUCCAACAAAGGUGGUGCGUACGGCACUUACUGAUGCUGCGGGUGUUGCGUCGCUACUCACGACUGCAGAAGCAGUAGUUGCUGAAUUACCCAAAGAAGAACCUCAGGUGCCAAUGGGUGGUGGUAUGGGUGGUAUGGGUGGUAUGGGCGGUAUGGGAGGCAUGGGCAUGUAAUUAAAUAAAAUCCCAUACUGAAGACUGAAUUUCACAUCGCAAUUCAAUCGCAAUAACAAUUAAUUUGUUACAAAUUGCUAUUGACAUUGCAAAUAUAUAAAUACAGUUUACCAGAUCGAGUAAAGUUAAACACUUAGGACACUACUGUACUUUAUAAAGCAGAUAAAAGGAGAAAGCGAGUUUUUCACGUGCCGUGUUGAUAUUUGUUCUCGAAUCAUUCGUUUCUGUUUUGUAUUUUUAAACAUUAUUGUUCCGCUAAAUGUAAACCCUAAAAGAAUUUCAUUUCUUUACCAGAAGAAAGUGCAUAUUUAUAUUAACAGCAUUUAUAUUAACAUAUGUCUUGUUAUAAAAAAUGUAAGAAAUGUGCAACCAAAUUAUACCAUUUCACCAGAAAAUAAUAAAGUUUAAUUAGUUUUGAAUCGAUGAUGAACAUAAAAAUGUAUCUAAAAAUUCGAUAUAUUCCUAAUAAAUGUGCCUGUUCACCGAUUGUGAUAAACGUCAUACAAUUCGUCAAGUACAUUAACUUUUUUAGUUAAUGUGCGUUGCUCGAAAGAAAGCUUGCGAGAUUGUAGAAGAACAAAGUGAACAGUAGCCAUCCAGCAAUAUUUUCAAUAUUUAUUUGUUAAUGAUUUCUACACGUUAGUCGACAAUAUUCAAAAAUAACAAUGUCACUUGUUCCCAGCUACAAAACGUAUCAACACAUGUACGUAUGUAGCUUUGCUUUAUCAGUAAAAGUUGAAUUAG